AUGCAGUCACAAAAUAAUGUAAAUCUGGGGAGAUCGGAUAACCCCACCGCGUCGGGAUCGCAUAACUCUCGCGUGCAGGAUUUGGUACCUGGGUCCUGUUCGACAAGUAUGCCACAGAACAACAGAAAUAGAACACCUUUGCAGUCCGGUGAACAGCAUAUACAUUCCGAUAUAGCUCUUACCGUGGCUGGCAGACCACGACAGCGCAGAAAAUGGACUAAUACUAUAAAUGAAGAUUUAUUACGCGCCUACUAUAUAGCUACAAACAAUGAAAGAGAUAUGACAGCAUAUCGAACUACACUACAUACAAUAUUCGUUGGGCACCAUCCGGACUAUAAUGUAUCCGAACAGCGACUAGCAGAUCAAGUACGGGUUAUUCAUAGAAACAAUCUUAUACCAGAAUCAAGACGAAACGCUAUCAAAGAAUCGGUUGCCGAAGUAAGUAAUGAUCAAUCGACAGAAACUGCAGAAAAUGAGCAAGUGCAAUUUGAAUCAACUAAUACUUCUACAAACGUACAUGUACCAGGAACACGUAAUAAUGUAAAUACGAUAGAAGUGGAAAAUGAACAACCACCUCCUGCUUUAAAUGUAAAUUUAAUUGAUGUCGAUGAAACCACGGAUCAGCAGGAAGAUGUAAGUAAUGAACAAAUGAGACUCAGAAGUAAUCAGCAUAGCUUAAAUGAGAUUUUUGAACAACAAUUUGACAUUUACAGUAACCUUAACCCUCUUUUAAGGCCACGCAUUCCGAAAAUUAAUACUAGUAAGAAGCUAAGUUUUCUUAUUGAAACACUUAACAAUGAUGCGAUCCUGACAAAAUUGAACAAUGUGAGCAAUUUGCAAGAAUUACAUACUAUUGUAUAUGUAUCAGCUAUAACAAUUGCUACUACAAUGGGAUGCAAGAUAGGACAACCCAGAGAUGGACCACGAAGAGCUGCAAUUUAUGGAAAUAAGAGUAAUACGCUACGAAGAAUACAAAUUAAAAUUGAUCAUUUAAGAGGAGACUUAGAAAGAAUAAAUAAGUACAUUGAAGGUAAUCCUACAAGAAGACUUAAAAACAGGAUCAAUAAGAUAUUAAAAACAUACAAUCUUCACACACGCUACGAAACAAAUCACACGAAUAUUAUUAACACAAGAGACACUAUAAAACAGAAACUAUGUGUACAAGUAGCGAGACAGCGUAAAUACAAGUUGUCGAAUCAAAGACGAGAAAACAAUAGACUCUUUAACAACAACGAAAAGCAAUUCUAUAGAAAAAUACGAUCCAAUGCCAAUACGUCAGACGACGUAUAUCCAAGUAAGAAUAGUGCAGAAAAUUACUGGAGUUCACUGUGGUCCAAUACACAAAAACAUAAUGAAUCCGCUCUUUGGAUUGAAAAAGAGAAAGAGAAAUAUCAAGAAAAAAAAAUGUCAACUUGUCUAAUUACAUGUGAUCAGGUCAAACGAAUUAUAGCAAAAACACACAACUGGAAAUCUCCUGGACCAGAUCACAUACAAAACUUUUGGUUUAAAAGAUUUACUGCAGUCCAUCAAAAAUUAACUGAACUUUUAAAUGAAUGUCUACAAAACCCCGCAACAUUUCCAAUCAUUUUUACGAAAGGAAAAACAUAUCUAAUGGCGAAGAAUAAUGGAUUUAAAGGAAACCCAGCAAAUGGCCGUCCAAUUACUUGCCUCCCAACAAUAUAUAAGAUACUGACUGCUUGUAUUGGCGAUCUUAUAAAUACAUACCUUACACAAAACGAUAUAAUGUGCGUAGAACAGAAGGGAUGCAAAAAACACGCAAAAGGAUGUAAAGAACAACUAAUAAUUGACCAAAUAAUAUUGGAACAAGCAGCUAAGAAAAAUAGAAACCUGCACAUGUGUUUUAUUGAUUACAUGAAGGCUUUCGAUAGUAUCCCGCACAGUUGGCUGAUUGAAGUCCUGAAUAUAUACGGUAUUCAUUCAACUAUUGUUAAUUUUCUUGAACACAACAUGACGAGAUGGCGAACAAACAUAGAAAUGUUCACUCAAAAUGGUGUCAUACGAACAGAUGAAAUAAGUAUUCGACAAGGAAUUUUUCAGGGUGACUGCCUGUCAGCCUUGUGGUUUUGUAUGGCGCUAAAUCCGCUAAGUAAUCUCUUAAGGAACGCAAAGUAUGGCUUCAAAAUUAAAGGCAAUUCUCGAGAAUGUAAAAUAAAUCAUCUCAUGUAUAUGGAUGAUUUAAAGAUAUAUGCUUCGACGCGAGAAACCUUAGAUAAGCUUAUUAAAAUAGUCGAGGACUUCAGUAAUGACAUUAGAAUGAAGUUUGGCAUUGAAAAAUGCAGAAAAAUCAGUAUUGUUCGUGGAAAAAUCGUUAAAUUCGAAAAUUUUGAGCAAAAUGAAUCGAUUAUUAAAGACAUGGAAGAAGACGAACUGUACAAAUAUCUUGGUGUAUCUCAAAGCAGAAGAAUAGCACAUAAAGCUGUAAAAGACAAAGUAUAUAGUGAAUUUAAAGGACGUAUUCAUAAGAUAGCCAAGACGAAUUUGCAGGGUAAAUCUUUGAUAAAAGCCAUCAAUACUUUUGCUAUUCCCAUUCUGACUUAUUGUUUCGGAAUAAUACAAUGGACAACGACUGAGAUACAAGCGAUGCAGCGAAAAAUACGAACUAUGCUCACAGAAUACAAAUUCCACCAUCCAAAGUCAUGUUGUGAGCGAAUGACUAUGCCUAGAAAGGAAGGAGGUAGAGGCCUUAUUGAUCUACAAGAACUACACGACAAUCAAAUUAUAUCAAUGAGAGAAUAUUUUUUAAAGAACGCAGAAAAUGAUAUCUUGUUUAAAAUUUUAACCGAAGCAGACAAGCAUUACACACCAUUAAAUUUGGAAGGAACUUUUGAAAGAAAAGCACAAGAUCGGCAGUGUAAAGAGCAAGCUUGGGCAAUCAAACCGCUACAUGGAAGAUAUUAUAGAUCCACUAACGCCGACAAUGUCGAUAAAAUUAUGUCGCACAAAUGGCUUACAUGUGGAACACUAUUUGCUGAAACUGAGGCAUUCAUGAUUGCAAUACAGGACCAAGUAAUUCCGACAAGAAAUUACUGCAAAUUUAUAAUGUCAGACCCUUCGCUAAUUAGUGAUAAAUGUCGGCAAUGUGGAGAACAAACGGAAACUGUAGAUCACAUACUGGCAGGAUGUACAUGCUUAGCACAAAGAGAAUAUACAAAGAGACACAAUAACGUGGUUAAUAUUUUACAUAAGCAAAUAUGCAAUAAAUAUAGACUUAUUGAUAGAGAAAAUGUUCCAUACUAUAAGUAUACACCACAAGCAGUAUAUGAUAAUCCAGACGUAAAAAUUUAUUACGAUCGAACUAUUUAUUCCGAUCACACGAGGUUGCACAAUAGACCAGAUAUAACUAUUGUUGAUAAAAGACGUCGAGAAGGACUCUUCAUUGAUGUUGCAAUACCAAUGACCAAAAACAUGGAUCGUACUUAUUUUGAGAAAUGUAGUCGAUACGCAGAAUUAGCUGUGGAAACAAAACGUAAUUGGAACCUUAACAAAAUUGAAAUUCUUCCAAUUAUAAUUAGUGCUGAAGGUGUAACGCCAAAAAGUUUAUUGUCGCAUAUUCGAAGACUUGAAUUAAACCAGCGAAUUAUUGAUGACAUCCAGAAAAGUGUUAUAAUUGAUUCCUGUCAUAUUACUCGCAAAUUUUUAAAUAUUAAUUAA